CACUCUGCAGAGAACCUCUCUCUCCCCCAUAACAAUGGAGGCGAGGCGGCGCUUUGCGAUGCUGCUGCCUGGGUGGAUGGUGCUGCUGUACGCCUCAGUAGCGAAUGCAGACUCACUGGCGCUGCAGGUGCAGAUGGCAGGUCAGGCGGGGUUGUGGAUAGCCAUGGCUGCGGGAGGGCUGGCAGGAGGACUGCAUGCCGUCACAGGUAGGGUGGCACAUCACCUGAUAGAUAAAAUAGAUCACCGAGAUGCGAGUGAUACGCUGUAAGGCUGUUGUGUGCCUUGUGUGGCCAGGCGCUGAUCAUCUGGGGGCGUUGCUGCCUUUGUGUGUGAACAAACGGUGGUUCUCGUCGUUCUGGGUGGGAUUCAACUGGGGAUGCGGACACGGUGAGGCGCACACUCUGGCGAUCCUCGUACGUGCUUUCUUUUCUUCUCUGUCGAUUCUAGGUAUCGGUGCUGCGCUGCUGGGUGCCCUCGCAUACCUCCUCAAAGAUCAGCUGGCGGUGCAGGUCUUCUCCGAGUAAACAAUCAUACGCAGCAAAUAAUCGCUCUCUCAGAGAAGAGGAAUCGCCACGCGAUUCAAUGGUUGUGGCUGGUGUGUGUGUGGGCCUCAGCUACAUGGAUUUUGCCGUCGGUACCAUCCUGAUUAUCAUCGGUCUGAUCGGCAUCAUGACUGCACGGCAGUGGGAAUACGAGAUGCAGCAGAGGAAGGUGAGAUAAUGGAGAUAGGCAAGCACCACGCACUGCAGCGAUGGCAGCGGAUGUGAUGAUAUCCUUUCGUCCUUCCUCCCUCCCCUUUUGAUUCAGCGUGACCCCGAGAGCGCACUGACGGGCGUGGCCUCCACAUCCACACCUCUCACCGACUCGGACGGUGAGCUUGACGGCCCCCGCAAGCACCACACCGACGGCCUCCCCACCGCCCCCAUGACAGAGAUGCAUCGAGUGAGUGUAUGGGUGUGGGUGUGUCGUUGUAGGCAAGGACAAGGGGAGGCAGGACCACACUGAGGCAGCAAAGACCAACGGGGUAAGUAUCUCAUGACCUCGUUCUCUCUCUCUCUCUCUCUCUCCCUCUCUCUGUCUGUGUGGAUGGCUAUAUGUGUGGUCGUGUGUGUGCUGGAUGGAUGGGUACAGGCGUAUGGAGCGGCUGACGGGUCGGGGCUGCAGGACACAUCGGCAGCGGUAGCGGAAGACACAGCGAUGCUGUCGAAGGAGGGCCAGGAGUCCAGCUCAAGUCAUGAUCCCAAUGCUGCCGUCAGGUGGGCACCGCAAGAAAGCCUGCCUUGCUGUGCACACACACACACACACACACACCCAAUGCGCGCAUGUGUGUUUUUCUCAGAAUUGGAUCGACAUUGAGUGUGGCGACGAUAGGGACUGGGAUAGUGCAUGGCAUCUCGGGAAGCGGACACUUCCUGGGCGUCCUCCCGGCACUCACCCUGCCCUCGUGGUCAGCCCAUCACAUGGAGUGGCGGGCGGCAUAUGUAUUGUGUGAUGAUGAACAUCGAUCAUCAGGGCCACAUCAGCGGCUUAUUUAGUGGCGUUCUGCCUCGGUUGCUGCGUGUCGAUGAGUGCAUUCACCUCCAUCAUCGGAGAGGUGAGCUCAGCCGGCGAUCGACACAUGCACGAGUGCCCGUAUUGUGACCCUUUUUCUCCGUGUGUGUGUGUGUGCAUCAUCAGACGAGUGUCCGGCUGCGCCGCAAUUUCAACCGGCCGGACCUUCCCGCAAAGCUCUCCUACAUCACUUCAGGUCAGGAAGGAAGGAGAAAGCGAUUCUCAUUGACACACACAUUCGAUUGGCCACUCCACGUGUGUCUGUGUGUGCAGGGAUAGCCAUAACGAUUGGGUGCAUAUGGCUGCUGAAGGCCAUCAUCGUCGGCACACAUAUGCUGCUGCUGUGAUGAUGGUCUAUGUGUGCGUGGGUGCUCGAGGGGCGGAGGGAUGGAUGGAGGGAUGGAGGGGGACGGAUUUUGAUGAGGUUUUGUGGGCGGUUGGUUGUGAAGUGUGUGUCGUAUGUGUGCGUGAGUGUGUGUUUGUGUGUGGUCACGAUUUAUGUUGCCAUUCCAAACCAGCUCGAUCGUGUGUGUACAGGACAGAGCUGCUUUUUGGUGGCCGCACGGACGGGGCACAAAGCCUGGAUGCGUAAUGACUGAAUAUGCAUGAAGGCACGAAUCGAU